AUGGUUUCUGAUUUGUACAAUCUAGAUUUGAAAAAUACGUUACCGUUAGCUUGUGGAAUAGAAUAUUUACAUAUAUCAUCACUUAUACUUGAUGAUUUUCCAGCUCAAGAUAAUAGUGAUUUAAGACGUGGUCAACCAACAUUACAUAAAACAGUUAUAGAUAAUGAUAUACCUAAAAAUUUAUGUGAAGGUCGAGCACAAUUAGCAGCUAUUGAUUUAAUUGCUGUUAGUAUGAUUUUAAUUAAUCAUGAUCUUGUUAAAAAUGGAUUUUCACCUGAACGUGUUAAUCAAGUUGUUAGUGAAAUAUCUUUAUCAAUGCAUGAUUUAUGUAUUGGACAAAUGAUGGAUUUAUGUGCAGCACAUAUGGGUAUAGAAAAAGGAACUGAACUACUUGAAGAACUUGAUCAUAUUGCAUGGUUCAAAAUAGACAAAGCAAUUGAAGUCGUAAUUAUUAGGUCAGCUAAUGUUGAAGGAGAAAAUAUUGGUAAAUCAGCAGCACUUGAUAUAAAAAAUAAUACAGUAACUUAUGUAUCAAUAUUAGGUGUUGAAGGUACUCGACAACGUUUAAAAGAAUUUCGUCAACAAACAUUAAAAUUAAUUGAUGAAUGUUGGCCAUCAGGGGCUGAAACAAUUAAAGAUGUUGUUAAUUAUAUUGUAGAUAGAAAAAAUUAA